GGCGGAGGAGAAGGGCGGAGCUCCAGUAGGAACUGGGCAGGACUCAGCAAAGGCGGAGCUAGGGUACAGGAAGUGCUUGCGAGGUGCGUGCAGGGAAGUGGCUCCUGAGCAUGCUCCGCUGGGCUCGCACGUGGAGGCUCCCGUGUGGGGGGCUCCAGCUCUCCAGAACUAGCUUGUCCGCGGUGCCUGUAGCACCCAGCAGCAGCGGCCGAGGCGGUGCCGAGCCGAGGCCAGUGCCGCUUUCCUACAAGCUUCUGGAUGGAGACACGGGCCGCCCAGCCCUCGUGUUUCUGCACGGGCUCUUCGGCUGCAAAACCAACUUCAACUCUAUCGCCCAGGCCCUGGCCCGACAGACAGGCCGGAGGGUGCUGACAGUGGAUGCUCGUAACCAUGGUGACAGCCCCCACAGCCCAGACAUGAGCUAUGAGGCCAUGAGCCAGGAUCUACAGGACCUCCUGCCCCAGCUGGGCCUAGUGCCCUGUGUCCUUAUUGGCCACAGCAUGGGAGGCAAGACAGCCAUGCUGCUGGCACUACAGAGGCCAGAGCUGGUGGAACGUCUGGUUGCUGUGGACAUCAGCCCAGUGAAGACCACAUCCAGCUUAGACUUUCCAGCUUACAUGGCAGCCAUGAAGGCCAUAGACAUCCCACAUGAGGUGUCCCUCUCCUGUGCCCGCCAACUGGCCAAUAAACAGCUCAGCCCUCUUAUCCAGGACCUGGCUUUGCGGCAGUUCCUGCUCACUAACCUGGUGGAGGCAGAUGGGCGCUUUGUGUGGAGGGUGAACUUGGAUGCUUUGGCCCAGCAUGUGGACAAGAUCUUGGCCUUUCCAUCACGACAAGACUCCUACCCUGGGCCAACCCUCUUCCUCCUUGGUGGAAACUCUAAACUUGUGUGUCCCAGCCACCAUCCUGAGAUGAGGCGACUCUUCCCUCAAGCCCAGAUGCAGACUGUGCCUAAUGCUGGCCACUGGAUCCAUGCUGACUGCCCACAGGACUUCAUGGCUGCCAUCCGAGGCUUCCUGGCCUAAGAGUUACUGGCCAGAGGGGCCAUGUUUGAAGCCCAAGGCUUCAAGGUCCUGCGGCCUGUUCUAUGUUUCUGCACAGAAGGACUCAGGCAGGCACUAAGAGGGCACGAGGUGCAAAGGUGGUCAGACCUCAAGUUUUAAUGAAUAAAGACAUUGCUCUCAA